AUGAUGGACCGCUUCCGGAUGAUCUUCCAGUACUUCCAGUCCAACUCGGAGUCUGUAAUGAAUGGGAUCUGUGGGCUGCUGGCCCUGGCUAGCGUCAAGAUCUAUACCUGCUUUGACUUCAGCUGCCCCUGCCUGCCCCAGUACAACAUGGCAUACGGCUUAGGGAUCAUGUUCGUACCCCCCGUCGCCCUCUUCCUCUGCGGCCUCAUCCUCAACAGACAGUCCCUGGUGAUGCUGGAGGAGUGGAGGCGACCGCAGGGUUGCAGAAAGAAGGACCUAGCUGUCAUCAGGUACAUGUGUUCCUCCAUCAUGCAGCGAGCCAUGGUUGCCCCUGUCAUCUGGAUCGUAGUCACCCUCCUGGAUGGCAAAUGCCUGAUCUGCGCUUUCAGCAGCUCCGUGGAUCCCGAGAAGUUUGUGGGCUUUGCCAAUGCCAGCCCUGUGCAGGUGCAGCAGCUGCUGGCCAAAGUGCCCUGCAAGGAUGACGAGCUCAUGAGGAACAACACGUCCCGCAAGGCAGUGUCCAGGUUCCUGCGCUGCUGGUCCCAGGCACUCGGCUGGAGCAUUUUGUUGAUCCUCAUCGUAGCAGUUUUCCUUGCCCGUUGGCUCAGACCUUGCUUCAACCAGGCCACCCUCCUGCAGGCACGUCACUGGAGCAACUACAUUGACAUUGAGCAAAAGAUUUUUGAGGAAACCUGCUGUGAGCACAGCCGGCUCUUUGCUCACAAAUGCAUCCUCCACUUCUUCGAAAGUAUGCAUCAAGAGAUCAAACUGCACAGCUUCAGCUUGCUGAGGCAGGGAGAGGGCACUGAAGGAGAGGAAGGUCUUCUCUGGGGCAUCACAGACCAGGACCAGGUGAAUAAACUUCUGAAAAUGUGGUACUAUGAGAAACCUCCCCUCAAUGUCACCCAGGCAACCCAGAGGCAUCCCCUGGGGCGAGAGAGAUCCCCUCCACCCUGGGCAGACAGUCCCAGUACCCGGUCCAAAUUCCCCCAGCACACCGAUGUGUAA